UGUGUGUGUGUUAGUGUGUGUGUGUGUGUGUGUGUGUGUGUGUGUGUGUGUGUGUGUGUGUGUGUGUGUGUGUGUGUGUGUGUGUGUGUGUGUGUGUGUGUGUGUGUGUGUGUGUGUGUGUGUGAAGAGCUGUCAAGUCUGUCGUGUGAACAUGUCUGAGCCUAUCAGAGUCCUGGUGACCGGCGCUGCCGGGCAGAUCGCCUAUUCCCUGUUGUUCAGCAUAGCCAAGGGAGAUGUCUUUGGCAAAGAUCAGCCAAUCGCCUUGCUCCUUCUGGACAUUACGCCGAUGUUGCCGGUCCUGGAUGGCGUUGUCAUGGAGCUGCAGGACUGUGCCCUCCCACUUUUGAGAGAGAUUAUCGCCACCGACAAGGAAGACGUGGCUUUCAAGGACCUGGAUGCGGCCAUCCUGGUGGGCUCCAUGCCCAGGAGGGAGGGCAUGGAGAGGAAAGACCUGCUCAAGGCCAACGUGGCCAUCUUCAAGAGCCAGGGAGCCGCCCUGGAGAAGUACGCCAAGAAGACCGUCAAGGUGCUGGUUGUAGGAAACCCCGCUAACACCAACUGUCUGAUCGCAGCGAUGUCUGCUCCUUCAAUCCCCAAAGAGAACUUCUCCUGCCUGACGCGUCUGGACCACAACCGGGCGAGCUCUCAGCUGGCGAUGCGCUGCGGCAUUCCUGCCACCCACGUGAAGAACGUGAUCAUCUGGGGCAACCACUCAUCCACCCAGUACCCAGACGUGCACCACUGCUUGGUCAACAUGUCCGGCGGUGAGCUCGCCUGCUUCGACGCCGUCAAGGAUGACGCCUGGCUCAAAGGAGAUUUCAUAGCUACGGUGCAGCAGAGAGGCAACGCCGUCAUCAAGGCCCGGAAGCUGUCGAGCGCCAUGUCUGCAGCCAAGGCCAUCUGCGACCACAUGAGAGAGAUCUGGUCAGGAACCCCCGAGGGUGAGUUCACCUCUAUGGGCGUUUACUCCUCUGGCAACUCGUAUGGAGUCGCAGACGACCUCAUAUACUCGUUCCCCGUCCAGAUCAAGGACAAGACCUGGAAGAUCGUGGACGGCCUGGCCAUAAAUGACUUCUCCCGAUUGAAAAUGGAUGCUACGGCGGCAGAGCUGAUGGAGGAGAGAGACGCGGCUGUGUCUAUCCUGGGAGUAUGACUAGACCAGGUGGGGCCACCUGACCGCCACUCAGACAGCCCCAAAGCUCCAGACGCACGCCUGUAACAAAGCACUCCAACCCCUGCAUCUGUGUGUGUGUGUGUGUGUGUGUGCGCAAGAGAGUGAGUCCGAGUUUAUGACUGUAAAGUUGGAUUUAUUCUUGUGUGAAAAUAUAUAUAUUUAUAUAUAUAUAUAUAUAUAUAUAUAUAUAUAUAUAAAUAGAUUUAUAAAUGAUUGUAUGGCUUUUGCUGCUCGGUAGACACCAGAAACACCUGUUGCUGGGUUACUGUACAUUUUGACACACAAGUUUGUCUCCAACUCUGAAGUCUGUAUUUUAUUCUGUGGUGGUUAGUUAAUGGAUGACUGUUACAUGUUGUUCAAUGAUGCACGAAGUCCUCAAACACUGGAAUGAGAAAACUUUUAAGGUAAAACAAUUGAAAAGGUAAA